CCAUUCCCAUCCCCUCCCGCCACAGCGAGCUGACGCAAUGGCUUCCCGGCAGCUCGCCCUCAACCUGCAGCGGAGCAUGCGCUCCCGCGCCGCCAUCAGCGCCGUCAAGAGCCAGAAGUCGUCGGCCUUGACACGGGGCCUGGCGACGCCCGUCAGCUACGGCUCCAAGACGGAGUCGACGACGCUCGGCAACGGCUUCACCAUUGCCACGGAGCACUCGCCGUGGGCCCAGACGUCGACGGUCGGCGUGUGGAUCGAUGCGGGCAGCCGCGCCGAGACGGACAGCACCAACGGCACUGCCCACUUCCUCGAGCACCUGGCCUUCAAGGGCACCCAGAAGCGCACGCAGCAGCAGCUGGAGCUGGAGAUUGAGAACAUGGGCGGCCACCUCAACGCCUACACGUCGCGCGAGAACACCGUCUACUACGCCAAGGCCUUCAACAACGACGUGCCCGCCGCCGUCGACAUCCUGUCCGACAUCCUGCAGAACUCCAAGCUCGAGCCCCAGGCCAUUGAGCGCGAGCGCGACGUCAUCCUGCGCGAGCAGGAGGAGGUCGACAAGCAGCUCGAGGAGGUCGUCUUCGACCACCUGCACGCCACCGCCUACCAGGGCCAGUCGCUCGGCCGCACCAUCCUCGGCCCCAAGGAGAACAUCCAGAGCAUCCAGCGCGCCGACCUCGAGACGUACAUCAAGACAAACUACACGGCCGACCGCAUGGUGCUUGUUGGUGCUGGCGGUGUCCCGCACCAGCAGCUCGUCGACCUCGCCGAGAAGUACUUCGCCAGCCUGCCGUCCGAGCCCCAGGACUACUCCGCCAAGAGCAUCGCCGCCGAGCAGAAGAAGAAGCCCGACUUCAUUGGCUCCGAGGUCAGGCUCCGCGACGACACCAUGGGCACGGCCAACAUCGCCAUUGCCGUCGAGGGUGUCAGCUGGAGCGACCCCGACUACUUCACCGCGCUGGUCACACAGGCCAUUGUCGGCAACUGGGACCGCGCCAUGGGCACCUCGGCCUACCUUGGCAGCAAGCUCAGCAACUUUGUCUCGCAAAACAACCUGGCCAACAGCUUCAUGAGCUUCUCCACCAGCUACUCGGACACUGGUCUCUGGGGAAUCUACCUCACCAGCUCCAACGUCACCCAACUCGACGACCUCGUCCACUUCACCCUCCGCGAAUGGUCCCGCCUGUCCAUGAACGUCACCUCCGCCGAAGUCGAGCGCGCAAAAGCCCAACUCAAGGCCUCGAUCCUGCUCGCCCUCGACGGCACCACGGCCGUCGCAGAGGACAUUGGCCGCCAGAUCGUCACUACCGGUCGCCGGUUAUCCCCCGAGGAGGUCGAGCGCGUCGUCGGCCGCAUCAGCGAGAAAGAUGUCAUGGCGUUUGCGAGGAGCAAGCUUUGGGACCGUGAUGUGGCUAUUUCGGCGGUUGGCCAGAUUGAGGGUUUGUUUGAUUACAAUCGUAUUCGGAAUGAUAUGAGUAGGAUGAUCUCGUAGGGGAAGUUGGGUGCGUAAUUGUGUGGGUGGAAGUGGAUGUGGAAGUGGAAGUGGAGGUGUAGAUGGAUGGAGAGAUG